AUGGAGGCUCGCAAGGCGGGCUACGGCCCGCUGCCCGGGAUGGUGAACCCGUCCUUCCUGACGCAGAACACCGGCGUGCCCGUCGCCAACAACUUGCAGUCGUACACCGUCGGCGCCAGGGGCCCGGUGCUGCUGGAGGACACGCACCUCAUCGAGAAGAUCGCGCAGUUCGACCGCGAGCGCAUUCCUGAGCGCGUCGUGCACGCGCGCGGCGCCUCGGCCAAGGGCUACUUUGAGGUGACGCACGACGUCACUGACCUGUCCUGCGCUGAGGUCUUCCGCGGCGUGGGCCACCGCACGCCCGUGAUUGUGCGCUUCUCGACCGUGAUCCACGAGCGAGGAUCUCCGGAGACCCUCCGCGACCCGCGCGGGUUCGCCGUCAAGUUCUACACGAACGAGGGCAACUGGGACCUCGUGGGCAACAACCUCCCCGUGUUCUUCAUCCGCGACGGCAUCAAGUUCCCCGACAUGGUCCACGCGCUCAAGCCCAACCCCAAGAGCAACCUCCAGGAGGGUUGGCGCAUCCUCGACUUUUUCAGCCACCACCCGGAGUCGUGCAACAUGCUCACCUUCCUCCUCGACGACCUCGGGAUCCCCUCGGACUACCGCCACAUGGACGGCGCGGGCGUGCACACGUACAAGCUCCUCAGCAAGGCCGGCCGCGAGACGCUGGUGCGCUUCCACUGGAAGACGAAGCAGGGCGUCGCGUGCCUGGACGACGCCGACGCCGCGGUCGUCGGCGGCAAGGACCACUCGCACGCCACGCGGGACCUGUACUCCUCCAUCGAGCGGGGGGAGUAUCCCGAGUGGACGCUCUGCGUGCAGUGCAUGGACCCGGCCGACGAGAUGUCGUUCGGGUUCGACCCGCUCGACGCGACCAAGGAGUGGCCCGAGGCGACCUUCCCGAUGCGCCCGAUCGGGCGGAUGGUGCUCGACAAGAACGUGGACAACUUUUUCGCGGAAAACGAACAGCUCGCCUUCUGCCCCGCCAACAUCGUGCCGGGCAUCGGGUACUCGGACGACAAGCUCCUGCAGUCGCGCAUCUUCAGCUACGCCGACACGCAGCGGUACCGUCUGGGCGCGAACUACCUCAUGCUGCCGGCCAACGCGCCGCGCUGCCCCUUCUCGCACAACCACCACGAGGGCGCGAUGAACCACCGCGUGCGGCAGGGCGAGGUCAACUACCAGCCCUCGCGCAUCGACGCCCCCGAGCACGCCCCGGCGUUCCCGGUCAGCCAGGCGGUGAUGUCGGGCCCCCGCGUGAAGCAGUCGCUCCCCAAGGAAAACAACUUCCAGCAGCCGGGCGAGCGGUUCCGGUCGUGGGACCGCGCGCGGCAGGAGCGCUUCAUCGGGCGGUUCUGCGAGUGGGCGUGCGACCCGCGCACGCCGGCCGCCGUCCGCGAGAUCUGGGUCGGGUACUGGACGCAGUGCGACCGCGACCUGGGGCGGCGCAUUGCGGAGCGCGUGCGCGGCGCGAGCAUGAUGCGGCCCGUGUCGGGAAUGUAG